AUGAGAUGGGAAUGGACUACAGCAAGAAUGACUUUGCAAUGGAUAAAUGUUAAAGUUAAAUAUCUUUUACCAUUGUUGGUAGAUAUGGGACGAGAGAAACAAUCGAUACUCAAGAUUCGAUCGACCAUUCAUAACCUGCAAGCAGAUGUGUAUAUGACACCUACCCUAUUCUCUCAACUGUCGCAACAUCAAGCGGCGUCGCUUGGUCAAUCUCUAUUGGCAAUCAAAAAGAUAUCGGAAAAGGAAGAAGAGGUAUUGGCAAUUUGUAAUAUGAUUGUAGACCCAAAGUUGAUUGAUCGAGCAAUCUCUGCAAUGGACGACAGUGGUAAAAGCAGCCGAGUACAACUAGGUCAAGAGAAUAUAUGGAUGACAAGAGAUCACUUGACACGAUUCAAUUUGAAUGUUGACUCUAUCAUUAGUAUAUGUGCAAUCGAUCCACUUGAACAUCUACAACAAGUUCCACGACUCUAUCUAUCCUCACCUCGCGUUCUUUCACUCGAUACAUCCACCCCCAACGAUACAACAUCUUCUCUACUAUUAUCGGUCGAUUUCGAUUCACUACUAAGUGAAACACCCAAACAAUGGACUGGUGCAUCAUCAACUACACCAUUACAUAUAAAUCGAGGAGAAACAACUAUAAAUUUAUUCCUUCGAAAUGGUACAACCUAUCAAUUUAAUUAUAGUUUAACAAAUCAUCAACAAAAGAUAACAAAUGAUAAUGAUACUUUAUCAACAACAACAACUACAACAAUAUUCAAAGAUUGGAGAAUAUUAUCAAAUAGAACCAAAUUAAUUUAUCAACGACAACUAUUUAUUGAACCUUCUUCAUCUUUGACGACAAAUGAAAGCGUUGAUAAAUUUAAUUCAUAUGAUGAAGAAUCAAGAUUAAAAAUUAGAAAACUAUUGGAUAUUACAUUCAAAGAGGAUAAGAGAAGAGAAUAUGCAUACUAUGGAUUAGAACCACCUAGAUCACUAUUGAUCAAUGGUCCAACAGGAUGUGGAAAGAAAACAUUGAUAGAUGGCAUUUCAAAAGAGUAUCUUUUACCUGACCAAAUCAUUUAUUUGACAAUGUCUGAUUUAACAAAAUAUGAUACCUAUUUAAAAGGAUUUCAACAAAAAUUUAAUCAAGCAAAACAACAUCUUUAUUCAGUUUUUGUAAUUGAAAAUAUUGAUGAAAUAUUUCCAAAUUUAGAAAAUGAUGAUACAAAGAGUCAAGAAGAAUCUCUAACUGGAAUGAUGAUGAAUAUAAUGGAAAAGAAUAAUUCACAAAAUACUUUUAUCAUUGCAAUGACAAGUAAAUUAAGAAAUGUUUCUAAUCUUGUUAGAUCUUUAUUUGAUGAACAAAUUAAAAUUGAUCCACCAUCAAUUGAAAAAAGAAAAGAAAUAUUUAAUUAUCAUAUGAAAGAUUUUGGUGUAGACUAUAAAAAAGAAAAUGAUUUGGUUAUUGAUGAAAUUAAUGAAAAUUGUAGUGGAUUUGUUGGUGGAGAUUUAGUACUACUUUGUAGAGAAGCUCAAAUUAAUUCAUUAUAUAGAUUAAAAAAAGAACAACAAAAAAAUAAUAACAAUAAUAAUAAUAUAGAUAUAGAUAUAAAAAAAAUUUUAUUUAAAAAACAAGAUUUUCAUAAUGAAAUUAUAAAUACGAUUAAAGUAGAUAUGACAUUUUCAAAGUUUUCACCAACUAGUCCAAAAGUUAGUUGGGAUGAUAUUGGAGGUUUGGAAAGUGUUAAACAGAGUUUGAUGGAGAUGGUUGUUUGGGAUUACAAACAUCACGAUGCGUUGGAGAGAUUGGGUGUUAAAACACCAAGAGGAAUACUUUUGUAUGGACCACCAGGUACUGGCAAAACACUCUUGUCCAAGGCUGUUGCAUACGAGGCCAGAGCAUCGUUUAUAGUGGUCAAUAUUUCAGAGAUUGUGCAAGGAGAGGUGGGAGAAUCAGAGAAAAUGUUGGCCGAUAUUUUCAAGAGAGCCGUGCAAGCUGCACCCUCGAUUGUAUUUAUCGAUGAAAUUCAAGCAAUCUUUGGACAACGUGAUUCGUCUGGAUCACACGGUAAAAACAUCAUUUCACAGUUACUCAUUGAAAUGGAUCGUAUUGGAGAGUUGGCAGCAAUCCCAGGUGGCCAGCGAGUCAUGGUAUUGGCAGCUACCAAUCUACCACAAGCAAUUGACGAAUCAUUCCUUAGACCCGGUAGAUUUGAUAGAAGUAUCUAUGUUGGACCUCCAGACUCUCAAGAACGUCUAAAAAUCCUUCAAAACAUUUGCAAGUCUGUUAAACUGGGCGACGACGUUCAACUAGUCAAUGUUGCAAAUUACACCGUAAACUAUUCAGGUUCAGACCUCAACGGUCUAAUUAAAAAGGCUGGUCUAGCAGCAAUUGCAAGACAAUCAACAUCCAUAAGCAAGUUGGAUAUAGAAUCUACUUUUUUCGAAUCAUCUCCAUCAAUUACCAAAGAUAUGCUUGAUAUGUAUAAAUGUUGGAAUCAACAAUAA